UCUAUCAACAUGAGCUCUGCUCAGAACCUGAAAGGCCAUUCCUUGAAACAUUGCAAGAAAAGAUUGAGCCAAGACCAAGUUAGGCUACUAGAUGCAAAUUUCAGUUCCAACAAGAAGCUUGAACCAGAGAGAAAGCUCCAGCUUGCUCGACAACUAGGCGUUCCACCGAGACAAAUCGCGAUUUGGUAUCAAAACAAGAGAGCCCGGUGGAAGAAUCAAAGCCUUGAACUUGACUACGGUGCACUUCAACUGAGGCUAGAAACUGCAUUGGCUGAAAAGAGACAACUUGAGAAAGAAGUGGGGCAACUUCAAAUUGAGCUGCAGAAGACCAGAGAAAAUUUACUUGCUUGUACGAAGCAAGCACAAGAAAUUCUUCCAUUUUCAUCCUUUUCGAGUUGUGGUGACGAAGGUGGAGGCUCUAGUAGCUUGAGCUUGCAUGAAGAUGUUAGCUGUUCUUGGCAAGAUGGCCGUCAGGGCUUGCAACUUGAGGAGCUUUAUGCCUGUUUGAUGGGAUCAGAAGGAUCGGCCAGCGGUUCAGUUGGGCAAAAUGAAAAAGUAUUUCUUGUAUAAGACAGAAAAAGUGUAUCUUAUGUUAUGAUCAUCAAAUGGUCAAAUAAAAGUUAAUUAAAUACAAUAUAGAUCACUAUAUGAUUAGCCUUUGCAGGUUGUAGAAUCGUGUAAGUGGUGCCCCUAGUGGCUAAUGCUG